AUGUUCACUCGACCGUGUGAGGAAUACGACCACUUUAUGCUGCUGCUCAAGCGGCCGGGACUUCGGCGCUUUGAUUUGACUCUCUUCAUCGAUGAACAAGGGCUGCAAAGCUUUGCGACCGGAGACUUCCGACGGGCUCUUCGACAAGCCAAAGAUUUGACACACAUCAAUAUAUCGACUACGCUUGUCAUUGAGUCUCAUUAUUUUGGACAUAGGGAACACAACGGAUUCAUGUCUUUACAAAAGAUUCUCCCUUUUGAUCAGUGGCCGAAGCUUGCCCAUUUCGGUAUCACACGGCUUGAGAUAACACCGUCGGAUUUGCUAGAGACGCUUAGUAAAUUACCACAAACAGUGCAAUCAAUUGAACUCAACCGGCUGCGAUUCUACGGCCAAGGCACUUUCGACGACUGGCGCAAGUCAGAAAAUUUGGAACGAUUCGGCAUGUUCCAUGGUUUACUGGAGGAAAUACGGCAAAAGCUCAAAUGGCACGAGCGGGAUAGAUCCGAGAGGCCAUCUCUUGUCAUGAUUGCGGAUGAAUGUCAUCCAUGCACGAGUGCGUUCUUGGAUAAAGGGGUCCAUCCAUGCUCUCGAGGGACUUUCUACGCGGAAGCCUAUCAUCCCUGCGAAAACGGGCGAGGAAUUCGGCUCGAAAAAGAGAUUCAUGGUUUCCUUUACGGAUCUGAGGAAAAUCCCUUCGAAAAAGAUUUCCAAGUACCGAAGCGUGGGAUGGGGACGAAACGAGAUAUCUUCUUUCCCGGCUGUAUUCGACCUCAUGUCGGUUCAAAUGAAGAGAAAUCAAUGGGGACUACCGACCCUAGAAUUUGGGAAGGGAGUUGGCCCGAAUAUCUACAGGACUACUCGUCUGAAGGCUUCAACCUAUUCCAUAGGUUGGAGGAAUUCGAGCUGGAUGUGGGGUCCCGUCCCAUCUAG